GACAUCGCAACUUGCUUCUAUUUUUCCCUCGCCAACAUGCUGGAAGAGGAUAACGAUGAGACGUGUUGGAAUAACCUGGAGAACUUCCGCGUGAAGCUGAUCUCUGUGAUCGAUCCUUCCCAUAUAACCCCCUAUCUCCGCCAGUGCCAGGUGAUUAGCCAUGAUGACGAGGAACAAAUCCUUAAUGACCCCAGCCUGGUCAUGCGCAAGCGGAAGGCAGGUGUUCUCCUGGACAUCCUCCAACGGACAGGCCGCAAGGGCUUUGAGGCAUUUCUGGAGAGUCUUGAGCUUUAUUACCCACAACUGUAUAAGAAAAUAACUGGCAAGGACCCCAGCAGGGUAUUCUCCAUGAUUAUAGACACGGCGGGGGAGUCGGGCCUGAGCCAGCUCCUCAUGAACGAGAUCACGAAGCUGCAGAGCGCCGUGCAGGAGGAGCGGCGCCGGGCGCAGGAGCUGGGCGCGUGGCUGCGCGCCAAGGAGGACGCCGUCCGCGAGAUGUGGGUGCGGGACAGCCUGCUCCGCAAGCACCAGGAGCGCGCGCACAGGAUGCGGGAGGAGCGCGACGGCCUGAGCCGGGAGCUGCGCAAGUGCAAGGAGGAGAACUACAGCUUGGCCAUGCGCUACGCCAAGCAGAGCGAGGAGAAGAGCGCGGCCCUCAUGAAGAACCGCGACCUGCUCCUCGAGAUCGACCGCUUGAAGCACAGCCUCAUGAAGGCUGAGGAUGACUGCAAGCUGGAGAGGAAGCACACCAUGAAGCUGAAGCACGCCAUAGCGCAGCGCCCGAGCCACGAGGUGAUGUGGGAGAUCCAGCAGGAGAAGGAGCUGCUGCUGGCCAAGAACCAGGAGCUGCAGAACACUCUCCAGCAGGUUGCCAGGGAGCAGAACUUGGAGAACAGCCUCUCCAAGGAGGCCCUGGAGAAUGACUGCAGCCACAUCCUAGGAAAGCACCAGGAGCUGAUGAACACCAUUUACAGCCUCCGCAGGGAGCUGCGGCAAGCCGAGGUGCUCCAAGACAAACAUUUGGAGGAGAAAGAGAUGCUCGAGCUGCAGUGCAUGUCUCUGAGGAAGGACUCCCAGAUGUACAAGCAGCGCAUUGAAGUCGUCUUGCAACAGAUGGAGGAAGUGGCUUCCGAAAGAGACCAGGCGCUCCUGAUGCGGGAGCAGUUCUACACGCAGUACUCCAAGAACCUGGUUGAGAGGGAUGCGUAUCGGAAGCAGAUUCGGGAGCUGGGGGAGCGAUGUGACGAGAUGCAGCUGCAGUUGUUCCAAAAGGAGAGCCAGUUACUGGCUACUGAGGCCAAGCUGAAGACGCUGCAGCUGGAGCUGCCGACUCCGACAUCUGACCUGGAUGACACCUCCUCCAGAGAGUCUCAGGAACUUACCCUUCAUGGUCACCUAGAUGAAGAUACGCACCUGAAUAAUAAACCUUGCACUGAAGGACAAACCCUGCAAUUUAGCACUCGAGAGAACAGUCAGCCUCCAGAAUCGACUGGUUGCAAAGAGCGUGGCUCAGCCAGCGAGGACUUGGCAGAGAAGGAGCGGAGGAGGAUGAAGGACUGCUUUGAGCAUUACCGAAGAAAAAGGGCAAUGCGAAGGGUAAAGAACAGGCCCCACGAAGCAGACUGGGAAAACACUUCUGGCAGCGACAACACAGACACUGAGGGCUCCUAAGAGCAGGA